AUGGAUAAUAGAAAAGUAUAUAAAUCCUAUAGAGAUAAAGUAAAGACUCUAACACAGCCCUAUUCAAUCAGUAAUAGGAAACUAUCAACAAAAGUAAAAGGUUUAUGGAACUCAAUUAAAUCAUUAUCUCAACCAUCAUCACCACCAACACCAACCACAACAGCCGCAUCAUCAAUUGAACCAUUUAAAUUCCCGGAACCUCAAAUUAGAAUUCCUGGUUCCUUUCAUGUGGACACUACUGAAACGGCAGUAGUAGAUAAAGAAACAGACAAACAGGCGGACGAUGAUGCAAAUACAAUAUUGUCCAAUUUCUUUAAAGAAAAAGGUAAUAAACCAUUAACUGAUAUUGAAUAUGAAGGAGUAGUUUCCUUGCUUUCAAAAUCUAAACAACAAGGUAAACCAUUCAAAAGACCUCACAAUAUAGAUAAUGACGACGAUACGAUAGACAAUAGUUUAGUAUCCAAUACCACCACCAAUAUCAACAAACGACAAAAAUUCGAUGCGUUUUCUACUCCCCAAAAGGCUACCCAAGAACAGCAACAACGACACACACUAAGAUUAACCCCCAAUGUAACUAUAAAUACUCCAGAAUAUAAUCCAGUCUAUCACACAAUACAUAAUGAUACUUUUGAUCGUUCUUCAAAUGCAAGUUUUAUUUGUAAUAGAAGUAUUCCUUCAAUCAAGAGAGUAUAUCAAUUUUCGGGAUUACCUUCACCUUAUAGAACACGAAUUAGGGCACCUUCUUUAACAAUAGCAAAAAGAAAACAUAGUAGACUUAAUGAUAAAGCCAACAAAACAAUGAAUAAUAUUAGUAUGUUGGAUAAUAACAAUAAUAAUACAAGUGGAUUUACAGUACCUUCAUCCACCACUUUUACAGGCAUUAAACCAUCUGCACCCACCAGUUCUGCUGCCAAGACAUUAUUAUCAAUCUUGGAUGGAAAGGACGAACAACAGCCAACAACAACAACCAUCACACAUGAAAACAAUAACAACUCAGUCGUUGAUAAAACUGACAGGUUGAAAUUAUUUUCAAAUCCAUAUUCAUCAUGUAUAAGGCCAAAGAAAUCUACCAAGGUUGAUAAAGCAAUCUCAACUGAACCAUUAACCGCAGUAGCACCAAUUGCGAAUAAACCCAUUUCGGUGACUGCUAGUGAUAUAGAGAAGACUAUCUUAUUUGAUAAGUCCGAGCCAUUGCCUUGUAGUACUACUAGUACCAGUGCUACCAAUAAAACUGAAAAAACUAAGGAAUCAUUAUUUGAUAAUAUAGAAAAGAAGAAGGAGACUAAUGGGGAAAAGGUAGAUAAGUUAGUAGAUGAGGUUGCCAAAAAGGAUGGAGAAGAAAAGAAAAAGCCAAGUUCAUUUUUAAGUAAUAAUAGCAAACCUUCUGCUGGAUUCACUUUUGGUGCAUUUAAAGCAACUACAACGAACCAACCAAAGACAUCGGAACUUAAUGGAAAUAAAUUUGGUUCAUUUAGCGAGAAGGCAGAUAAUAACAAGAAUAAUACUAGCAAACCAGCAUUUUCAUUUGGGAAUCAAAAUAAUAAUAACAUAAAUAAAGAAAUCGAGGUUGAGAAAACUCUCGAAAAGCCCAAGGCAAUGGAAAAGAAACAAUCAAUUAGUUUUGGUUCUACUAAUGGUGAUUUAACCAAGCCAUCGGUUGGUUCUUCCUUAGGAUCAUCUACAGGUACAGCCACAACUUCCAGUACAGAAUUUCAAUUUCCUGAGGUUGAAGUUGUUAAAGUUAGUUUAAAUCAAGAAGAAGUUGAGAAAUAUAAGUCGAUGUUCGAAUUUUAG